GCACUGGCAGGAGCAUAGCUGAGGUUUUUUUUCCCUCCUCCCUCUCGUCUCUUUUGUUGUGUCGGCACAGAUAAAAAUCUGAUCAACAUGAGCGAGGACCACCACCGCUGCCACCUCACAGCAACCCACUCACUCCCAGCCUGAUUACUGGAGCUGCAUCCUGUGUGAAGCUGGUUGUGCGGCAGGCUAACGGCAGGGUAGCGGAGAGCUGCAAGGCUCAGUGGCAGCAAGAAGAAGAGGAGGGAAAAAAGGAGGAGGGGCUGGGUUUGGAGAGCUGGUGGGCUUCCUCUGCCUCACAGACACAUUUUAUUGACUUGCUAAUUGGAUGAGGCUCUCGGAGGAGAGGAUGCAGUGACCGAGAGGAGCUGUUCUCCAGAGGAAGGAUACUGGCACAAGAAAGCAUCGCUUAGGUUGCGUAAAUCCGGCUACUUAAUCUCCUUUUCUUUUUCUUUUUUUCUGCAGACAUAACAACAGAUGUUUUUGAGCAUCUCUCAGUGACCCUCUCACCGUUCAUAUAAUUUCAUGCAUGACAUUGUCGAACGGAGUCUUCAGUUGCCAGACGCUUCGUGACAAGUGAAUGAUUUUAAUUUUUUCCUCUUUUUCACCUGUUUUCAUCUAAGGCUCAUCAUCUGGAGCUAUUUUUGUCAUCCUUCUUUGAUAUGCCAUUUGAUAUGAAUGGUAAUCUGAUGGCAGGAUAAAUUCUUCAUCAGAUCAGAUGUACAUGGAGCUAGUAAUGGAUAUUCUUCAGAAAAAAAAGAAGUCCUGCCAUGGUUGCCAUGACUAAGGUGUGCAGGUCUGGUGAGGCCAGAGAGCAGGUGCCACCGUCCUGAGGUCCUCUGUAUCAAUGAGUAAAGCGGGUAACUCACAGAAACGCACCACCUACCUCAUCUCUCUCACUCUGGUGAAGGUUGAGGCUGUGCCAGAGGAUGUUGCAGAGAACCAGACUGAGGCCCUUUCACAGGGGGAUGGGAGCCCUAAGAAGGAGGAGGAGGAGGAGAAGGUGGACGUGAGCAUUGCCCCCGAAAAGGAGGAGGGACCUUUAUGUGUGAAAGUAGCAGAAAAAGAAAACACACAGGUGGAAGAGGAAGUGGAACAGGUGCAUGUAAAAUAUGGCAGCCCAACUGAGAACAGAGCUAAGCCAGAGAGGAGAGAGACACAUGCACCCCAAAAAGACAAUGCUUUAUUUGGCAGGAGCAAAGACACUUCUUUUGUACACCCACCUGUCAGGCAAAUGGUCAAAGUGUAUGCAGGAGCUGCAUCAGAGGGGACAGUGCGCAGAGAGGGACCUCGCUCUGAUGCCAUGCGCCCUAAAACAGAGCUCUACCGUGAGCCUCCCAUGCUGUUCCUAAAGGGUGAAAAUGGAGCAGACUUGAACAGUCGAUCACGUUGCAGCCUCCCAUUUUCUGUCCCACUACAGACCAGCCAGCCUCCAGAAGUUGUGAUGAGGGUACAUGCAGGAGGUAACUGUACAAGCCGGAGGGAGCUCAGAGAGGCCAACACAAGCUUGUAUCACUCUGCUAAGACUUUGGAGAGAAGGGAUAACCGUAUAGGGGAUCAGUCCCCCUUAAUGGCAGCUACAACUCUGGGGCCUUACAGAGCAUCCUGGGCUGACAGCGAUGGCAGAGGCACCCUCAUUCGACCCGGAGCUCCAAUGAGCGGAGGAUUUUCAGGCGUAAUGACCCGGGACAGCCCUCAGGGGGAGAGAUAUAAGGCAGUUUGUGUGUCUUUACCUGCACAUCCUACUCCGGAUGUGCCCAGGCCUCAGAGAAAAGGUACAAGUCGUACUCUUGACAACAGUGACCUGCACUCCCUCUCUGAGGACCUGAAGAAGGGAAAGGAGGGCCAAGGAGGAACAAUCCAGCGAGCUCCACCUCGUGAUCGCAAGAUGCUCAAGUUCAUUAGUGGAAUUUUUACCAAAAGUACAGCUGGGCCACCCAGUGUCAGCACUCCACCUCCUCUUUAUCCAGCUGUGGAAAGAGGCUCCAGCGAGGAAGAAGCUGCAUGCACCAGCAGUCAAGAAUGGACAAUGAGUCAAACUGUGCAAGAACUUCACCUGGGUGUCUUGGGAGGUCUCUGCAGUGGGAAGUCUGCACUUGUCCACAGACACUUAACAGGAAGCUACUUGCCACUUGAGAAUGCAGAGGGACGUCAGUACAUCAAGGAUGUGCUGGUGGAUGGACAGAGUCACCUGCUUGUUAUAAGAGAAGAGACAGAGCUCCCAGGGGCCCAGUUUGCAAGCUGGGUAGAUGCUGUCAUUUUAGUCUUUAGCUUGGAAAAUGAUGCCAGUUUCCAGGAUGUUUACAAAAUCUAUCACCAGCUUGCUAUGCAUCGGCCUGUCACUGAGAUACCCUUUGUAGUUGUUGGCACUCAGGAUAAGAUCAGCAGCACCAAUCCAAGGGUAAUAGAUGAUGCCAAGGCCAGACAGCUCUGCUCAGAUGUGCGACGCUGCACAUAUUAUGAAACCUGUGCGACAUAUGGUCUCAAUGUCAACAGGGUCUUCAAUGAUGCUGCUCAGAAGAUCAUGGCAGCCAAGAAGCAAGCUGCUUUACUGGCUUCUUGCAAAUCUCUUCCCAACUCACCCAGUCACUCUGGAGGCUCCACCCCAGUGUCGGGUAUCUUUCCAGGGCAGGCCAGUAAUGGUGGUCAGAGCAGUGAUUACUCCUCUUCACUUCCUUCCACUCCUGUGAUCUGCCAUAAAGAGAUUGGCAGAACAUUGAGAGGGGAGAAACAGGACAGUGCUGCAACCGGAUCAGCCCGCAGCGUCCGAAGGCGCACCCCCAGAUUUGCUGGCCGGAGAGGCAGUGACUCAAACAGACGGAGUGCAGACUAUAAGGGUGAUUUUGGAAGUGGACGCUACAUUCCCAUUAAGCAGGGCAUCUUGCUGAAGCGGAGUGGGAACUCGCUCAACAAAGAGUGGAAGAAGAAGUAUGUCACGCUGUCCAACGAUGGCAUACUGUCCUAUCACUCCAGUGUCAAUGAGUACAUGCUGAAUGCCCCGGGGAAGGAGAUGGACCUGCUGCGAGUGACGGUGAAGGUGCCAGGAAAGCGACCUCCUCGUGCUGUGCCGACAUGUGGCCCCCCAGCUGGGCUCAAUGGGCGGGUUAAAGAUGUGCUAGGACCUGAGGUGAGUGCGAGUAGCUUGCUGCAAGUGGAGGAGAUGGAAGGACUGGGUGGUGCGCUGUUCUUGCGGAGUAACAUAGGUAUGCAGCAGUUUCCUUCUACUCUAUCCAGCAAUGCUCAAGAUUCUACAGUUGAGGGAGUCUCCAGCUCUUCUUCUACCAAAGAUGUAGGUUCUGCAUCCCCAUUGACAGACAGGAAGAAGAACCGCAGAAAGAAGAGCAUGAAUCAAAAAGGAGAUUCAACCUUGGGCCAAGCAGAUGCUAAGCGCAAAAUGUGGAAACUAAAAAGUUUUGGUAGCUUAAGAAACGUAAGCAAGACAGACGAGGACAAUUUUGACUUCCUCGUUGUGUCCAGUACCGGCCAGACAUGGCACUUUGAAGCCCAGAGUGUGGAGGAGAGGGACUCCUGGGUCCAAGCCAUUGAGAGCCAGAUCCUAGCCAGUCUGCAACUGUGUGAGAGCAGCAAACACAAGGAUCGCAAGAACAGCCAGAGUGAAGCUGUGGCACUGCAGGCCAUCCGCAAUGCAAAGGGCAACAACUUCUGUGUGGACUGUGACGCUCCCAAUCCAACAUGGGCCAGUCUGAACCUAGGAGCUCUCAUAUGCAUCGAGUGUUCAGGAAUUCACAGAAACUUGGGGACCCACCUUUCACGGGUACGCUCACUGGCCCUUGACGAUCUUCCAAGAGAGCUCACGCUGGUUCUCAGUGCCAUCGGCAACCACAUGGUCAACAGUAUAUGGGAGGCACGCACAAUGGGCCACCGUAAACCAGCACCUGAUGCUACAAGAGAAGAGCGGGAGUCGUGGAUCAGAGCCAAAUAUGAGCAGAAACUGUUUGUGGCGCCGUUGCCUCCUCCCACCCCCGGCGAGGGCCCAGACAUCACUCUAUCAUGCCGUCUUCUGUUGGCAGUGCUGGAGCGCAAUCUGCCCAAGCUGCUGCUUCUUUUGGCCCACUGUACUAAGGAGGACAUCAAUGCUCCUCUCAGCCUGUCGCUCUCCUCCAGGUCGCUCUUAGCACUGCGGCUGCCUGGCUCUGCUCUGCACGCUGCCUGUCAGCAGGCCGACGUGGUGAUGACGCAGCUUCUUGUUUGGUAUGGCUGUGACGUCCGGUAUCGAGACGCUCAGGGGCAGACAGCGUUGGCUUUGGCUCAAAGUGCUGGCAGCCAGGAGUGUGUCGACAUCCUGCUGCAGCAUGGAUGCCCUAAUGAACCGCCCCCCUCUGUCGCCACGACAGUUGGUUUUGCAUCAGCAACCACAUCCAGCUUCCCUGUUGCCAUGACACCAAGCCUGACGGUUGCCUCGACACUUAAGAUCUCACACAAGAGCGGCAGCACCAACUUGAGUUACAGCACCUCCAGAAGAGCAGUGUCAUAAUUGCAAUGUGGUGUGGUAUAAUGUGAGUGUGUACGUGAGCUUGUUGCUUUGCCCUCAUAGUUUCCUGGACAUGCAGACAGGCCAGCAGGACUGAUAGACAUUUUGAUGGAUGCUGCCCUUCUGGAGCCAGAUGAGGUUUUGGAUAUAUGUGUAUCAGGGAUGAAAACUCGUGAAGACAUAAUGCUAGAAAGAUUUCACCAAAACAAAAACAGAUUUUUUCCUGCCUACACAUGACUUCUGUGCAUUCAGAUUUAGUAGGAAUGUUCUGACCUAUUUCAGAUCCAUAACUCAUUGUGCAGUCAUUAGUCAACUUUAUUCUCCACUCAUUUAAGAAUGGAACUACGCCUGCAGCCUCAAACAGCUUAUCUAAGCAGCUAUAGCUCAGAAGUAACGAACUGCAAUAAGUUUACUAUUUGAAAGAGGGAUGUAUUGAAUUCUUAACAUUAAACAUGGCAGCAGUUAUUCCUUCUGACAAUGAAUGUGAGUUUUAAGCCCAUUGGUCAUUCAGCGCAUAAUUUAUGUUUUGUGUAAGUUGAUGUGAAAAGCAUUGGUGACUGGGAGGAGGAGGCUGUUUAAAAAAUAAAUAAAUAAAUGUAAAGAGAUAUGUUAAGAAAAACUUCAAAGUGCUUCACUUUCCAGAUUGUUAAUGUAUGAUCUGUACAGGUGGUUGUGUGUACAAAACUCAAAGGGUUACUCAUUGCUGUUCAGAGAUUUACUGUACAGAGUUUUGCUUCAGUUUUCCUUUGAUAAGCAUCGGAUUAAUUGAGAUUUUUAUGUUCUGUUUGUACCAGUGUUUCUGACAUAAAUACUGUACAGGAUGUGCGCAUUAUGAUGCCAGCAGUAGCUUAUUAUGAAGAAGAGUGUAAUACUAGAAAUGCAAGUGAAAAGGUGAAAUGACUUGAUUUUGACUGAAUGUAGACAGAUAGAGAUGAGUUAAUUAUUUCAAAUACUAACAUGUUUUCCAGAUGAUACAGUUUUCAACUAAUCUUAUUCCUGAUGUGACUAAAAGAGAUUAAAAGUAUGUUUUGACUGCUGAAAA